GAAGCGCGCAUAACACCCACAGCAGCGGUCUGUGCGGCUCCAUAUUGGAUCUGCCUGGUCUUAGAAAUACAUUGAACUGGUGGAGGUCUGUCUGCGCAUAUUGUCCAACACACGGCCAGGCUGCCGGCUCCACUCCCCGGCGCUCAGGUAUGAGGGGUGUAGCCGAGCAAACCAGCCAACACAUGUUCCCCCGAGCUUUGUUUCACUCACCGGCGUCAAUCCCGCAGCUUUUAACGGGGCUGAGAAAUUAGGUUAGAGGCGCACCUGAGGACCGGAGCGAAAAGUGGCAUGCAGGCUGAGGAAGAAAUAAUUGGAUUGAGAUAACGCCGCGCAGGCAUGAUGUUCACACUCACAGAGGUUGCAUCCUUGAAUGACAUCCAGCCAACGUACCGCAUCCUAAAGCCAUGGUGGGACGUCUUCAUGGACUACCUGGGGCUGGUCAUGCUCAUGCUGGCCAUUUUCGCCAUGACCAUGCAGAUCACAAAAGACCAGGUGGCUUGCCUUCCGUGUCUGGAGGAGGCGGAGGAGGCCGCAGGAGCUAAGCCUAACUCGUUCACGCAGCAGAGUGGACAGAAACCGGCAGCCACCGGAGCUCCCGUGGCAAACACCAUCCCCCUUAUCACAAAGGACUUACCGGACGAAGCUGUACGUGAGAUUCACGUCACACACCAACACACGGCUGUGGUGGAGGAGAAAUAUGUCAAUCAACCUCAACCAACCGGCGUCAGGACCAACCUGGACUAUCAACAAUAUAUCUUCAUCAACCAAAUAUGUUACCACGUUGCCUUGCCCUGGUAUUCCAAGUAUUUUCCUUACCUCACCCUCAUCCACACCCUUGUUCUCAUGGUCAGUAGCAACUUCUGGUUCAAAUACCCCAAAACAAGCUCAAAGAUCGAGCAUUUUGUCUCCAUUCUUGGUAGAUGUUUUGAGUCUCCCUGGACUACAAAGGCUUUGUCUGAAACAGCUUGUGAGGACUCUGAGGAGAACAAGCAGCGGCUGACCGGCACCUCCUCGGCACCAAAGCAGGUGUCUUUAGAGGGGAAGGAUGAUGGCACAAACGUCAACUCAUCCACACCCAUGCUGGGGGUGAAGUUCUCAGCAGAUAAGCCCAUCGCAGAGGUCCCAAGCAGCAUGACGAUCCUGGACAAAAAAGACGGGGAGCAGGCCAAAGCCUUGUUUGAGAAAGUUAGAAAAUUCAGAGCUCAUGUGGAGGACAGUGAUUUCAUCUACAAGCUUUAUGUAGCACAGACCGUUGUCAAAACUUUCAAGUUUAUUUUGAUUUUAUCCUACACCUCAACCUUUUUGGCUAAAAUAAAUUUUACGCAUGAUUGUGAACCUGAUAUUAAACAGCUGACAGGGUACAAGAAGUUCUUCUGCACGCACAACAUGGCUUUCAUGCUCAAUAAGCUGCUCAUCAGCUACAUGGCUCUGAUUUUGAUCUACGGGAUGGCCUGCUUGUACUCUCUCUUCUGGGUGUUUCGACGACCUUUGAAAGAGUACUCGUUCGAGAAGGUCCGGGAAGAGAGCAGCUUCAGUGACAUUCCUGAUGUCAAGAAUGACUUUGCAUUCCUCUUACACAUGGUUGACCAGUAUGACCAACUCUAUUCCAAACGCUUCGGUGUCUUCUUGUCCGAGGUCAGUGAAAACAAGCUUAGGGAGAUCAGCCUCAAUCACGAGUGGACCUUUGAAAAACUGAGGCAGCUUGUGACCCGUAACGCACAGGACCAGCAGGAGCUGCACCUUUUCAUGCUCUCUGGUCUCCCGAAUGCAGUGUUUGACCUCACGGACUUGGAAGUGCUGAAACUGGAGCUGAUUCCCGAGGUGAGGUUCUCGGCAAAGGUCUCCCAAAUGACCAGCCUGCUGGAGCUGCAUCUCUGCCACUGUCCCGCCAAAGUAGAGCAGACGGGGUUCGCUUUCCUCCGCGACCACCUGCGCUGCCUUCAUGUCAAAUUCACUGAUGUCGCUGAGAUCCCAGCGUGGGUCUAUCUGCUGAGGAGCUUGAGGGAGCUUAACCUCAUCGGCAACUUGAGCUCAGAGAACAACAAAAUGAUCGGCCUAGAGUCCAUGCGAGAUCUGAGGCAUUUAAAGACGUUAUGCUUGAAGAGCAACCUCACAAAAAUGCCCACAAACAUCACAGAGCUGUCACCGCAUCUGAUUAAACUAGUGGUGCACAAUGAUGGUACAAAACUGCUGGUACUAAACAGUCUGAAAAAAAUGACUAAUCUGAUUGAGCUGGAGCUGCACACCUGCGAGCUGGAGAGGAUCCCCCACGCUAUUUUCAGCUUGACCAACUUACAGGAACUUGACCUGAAGUCUAACAACAUCCGCACCAUUGAGGAGAUCAUCAGCUUCCAGCACCUCAAGAGGCUAACAUGCCUGAAACUGUGGCACAACAAAAUUAUCACCAUCCCAUCCUCCAUUGGCCAGGUCAAGUCUCUGGAGGCUCUCCACCUCUCUCACAACAAACUGGAGUCCCUGCCUCCCGCCUUGUUCACACUACCUAAACUGCGGCACCUGGACGUGGGCCACAACAACAUCACGGUGCUCCCUCCAGAUGUCGGUCUCCUCCACAAUCUCCAGCACUUGGCCAUCAACUCUAACAAGCUAGAGGUGCUGCCCAAGCCCCUGUUUAGAUGCACCAAGCUCAAGGUACUGUGUCUUGGGAACAACGCGCUCACCGUGCUGCCGGAGACUGUGGGUCAGUUGGUCCAGCUCACGCAGUUGGAGCUGAGAGGAAACUGUCUGGACAGACUGCCCGUCCAGCUGGGAAACUGCCGCCUGCUGCGCAAAAGUGGCCUGGUUGUGGAGGACCAUCUCUUUGAUGCACUGCCUGUGGAAGUGAAGGAGAACAUCAGCCGAGAGACGGUGUCCUUUACGAGUGGCUUAUAGCACAAAAACCACUGUGCAUGGUUCAUGACAAGCCUGCAUAACGGAUGUAAGAGUAGACUGUUUAUUAUUGUAUUACUCCUAAAAAUGAAUGAAUGCAUUUUCUUGAUUAUUUUAAUGAGUUGUCUUUAGUUGCUUAUGUAUUAAAACUGGUACAGAUUUCUUGUUGCUGAUUAUCUAACGAAUUCAGCCACUUUUUAGCAUUUUCAUAGCUUUGAGUAAUAAUAACACAUUAGAAAUUUAGCCUCUCUAUGUAAUACCCGAUAGACCAAAACUGUUUGUUCCAAUGACACAGUGUGUAGAUUUAUCAUUAUUGUUUAGGUACUCAGGUAUAACUGUAACCAUGGGGAACAAUCUUUUUGCCUUAACUGCUGCUAUUUUUUUACAGUGAGGGCUUUCACAAACAAAAGGCCAAAAAUGAAUAUUUCAUGUUUUCUUGUCAGUGUUUCAUACAGACACUAUUCACAGAGCAAUUUCUAAAUGUUAUGAGGACACGAUGCAACCACUUUUUUCUUAGUAGUUUUUUAACCUUUAUUUUCCUUGAUGUCUUGUAGCCAACAGAAUGAGUUUAGAGUUGUAAAACUCAGGUGGAGACGAAGCAUCAGAAAUGAACUUUUAUCUUUCUGUUGUAGAGAUUGUAUACUGAGGCCUAUAGAAAUUCCUUUGCACAUUGAAAACUUAAAUGAGCUGUAUGCGAUAUUCAGAAUAUUAAAGGUAUAGUUCAGAUUUUUAAAGUGGGGUUGUAUAGAAGUACACAUCGAAAGUCUAUUAGAUAUUAAAUACAGUAGGUGUUAGUUGGUGUGCCCCUAGUUUGGAUUAGCAGGCAGGAGUGCCUCAUGGCAACAGAGGCAGCAGCAAAAGGUAUCUUAGUCACAUAUAAACCCGCCAAAAAAAAAAAAAGUUUAAGUAUACCCUAUAUUUUCACUGCUUUACCUUUCCAUCAGACAGGCGGUUCCAGACAAUUUGACUCUCAUCAAAGCCACAAGACUCUGGUUUACGCUGCUUUGAUCCAUUUUUGUUCUAGUGUGUGAUUUUGGUGACUCUGAACUAAGCCCUUUAAAGCAAAGUCACACAACAACACAAACAAACUGCUUGAGGCAGUGCUAGACCAGCAGACUGCUCAGCGAUGUUAAAUCACUGUUUUUCUCAGCAGAGUCUGGCUUUGAAGAGAGUGAUUAAAUGGCUUUAUUUUCCCAUCAGAAAUCAUUGUCUUAUGUCAACUAUAGUGUACUGUUAAACUGAUGUUGUUGGGGUUUUUUUUAAGGUAGAGAUUUUUUUUGGUGGCUAAAAUAUGUGUUGCUGCUGCCCCCUAAGCAAUGUACAGCAGUACAUUGCUUAGCUUCAGUGUCGGCACUCCUGAACACUUCUCCAAAUUGGGGAUGUGCUGACCGCCAUCUACUGUAUGUUUCACACUGACUGUUAAUAAAUAAGUCAUGCAACAGAACUAUCGCUUUAGUAUAGCAACAUACUACUAUUUGCUGAGGUAAGGUGGAGUAAUAGUGUCCUGAGCAGAGAAUGAAACCACGCCCCUCGUUUGUGUUGUGAUCUAAGCUUUUCUGUUUAUUGUUGUGGUAUACGUUUCGGUGGUGCAUGCAUGUGAGUCGCUGUAAGUGUGUCCCACUGGCUAGCUAAUUAUUGCCGCUUUGCAUUGCACUUGUACGGAGAUUACAGCUGAUAACUGCUACAGCGUUGGUUUCCACCGAGGUUAACAGCGUUUGCUCUAUCUAAACUGUUGCUGUUGUUAGCACUGUUUAUUGUGUUAACAUUGUUAGCUGUUAGCCGUCGCCUCAGCCACAUCUAUGAUGAGAACCAUGUGCAGACAGUCUCGCCCCAGAGUCUGGAUCACAGAUAUGCUCUGAAUGUCGCACACAGCUCCUUUAAUGAUUUAAAGAUCGGUGAAUGUCCUUUGUGAUAACAUGUUCCAAGACCAACGUGAGCUGAUAAAAGGGAACUCUGUUGACUAUCUUUUUUUAAUCAUGCUUUGAAAUUUGAAAUGUGUAAUAAAACCGGUCACACGUAGGACUGAUUAUUUAACAUGUCAGAAUCAUGUAAUGACGACAAACAUGUCUGCCUUCGUUCUUCUCAAUGUAUUUCUGUGUAGGCCUACAUGUAUAGUGUGUGUUCUUCAGAGCUGCUGUACCACCUUUGUGAUCCUAUGCUCAAAGUUCACAGAUUUAUGGCACAAUAAACAAGAUUUUAGAUGAA